AAAAGCUGACAUUGGAGUGAUCCAAGCCCCACAAAAAGAAAAUCCGCAAAUACCGUUUCUCCUCGUUUGAUACCGGUCGUGACGGAACAAACAGGUCGAUUAUUUCCAGUCGUCCCCGCCAUCAGUUAGAAAACACGAAGUCUACAUUGUAAUUCACAACUACGAUAUCGAACGGUAGAAUGACACGCUUCGGAAUUUUUCUGGCCUUCACGGCAGCAUUCGGAAUCAUCCGUCGCGGUGCUUACGCGCAAACUGAUCCAGAUUGCCUCGACGCUGUCGCCGAUUACGUUACUUGCUUAGGGUCCAACGAUGGGUGCACGGAAUGUGAGACUGAAUUUGCGCCUACCGAUCCGACGUCGACUACGUUCAACCUUGAAGACGCUGUUUGUCCUGGUGUCAAUUGUUGUCGAACUUGUGCGGAUGCUGGUCGAGGCUUUUUUCAGUGUGCCGUGACCGGACUCUGCACUGCAGAUACCGGUAUAUCUGGUUGCGACUUGACCUGCGAUCCUAACACUUAUCCUUACACCAACGAGGGUACAGCCAGUGAUUCUGCAUGCGCGCAGGAAGAGUCCGCCUUUGCUGGCUGCCUCGUGCGCGAUGCAUGUUUGAGUUCUUGUACGGAGACUUCGCUUGAUGAAUUAAGUAACGCGCAAAGUCUCGGGACGACAACUUGCGAUGCGACUCAAGUCGCGAUUGACGUUUUGUCGGGCUGUUGCCCGCUUUGCGGAGGCGAAAUCUUGGCAGCUCUGCAGUGCGCCGACGAUAACGACCCCAGCACUUCCUGUACUUUCACUCUAAAUGAUUCUGGAUCUACCGGUGGAGAAGGAACUGGAGGAUCUACCGGCGGAGGAGGAGCUGGAGGAUCUACCGGUGGAGAAGGAGCUGGAGGAUCUACCGGUGGAGAAGGAACUGGAGGAUCUACCGGUGGAGGAGGGACCGGAGGCUCGACCGGUGGUAACAGUGCGGGUAUAGACGAAGGUAGUGAGGUUGGCAAUGCCGACGGAACCAGCGGUGGAGGCAUGGCGCUUGGCCUUGAAAGCCUCAUGGUGAUGGGAGUGGUUACGCUCCUACUCUAGUCUAGACACCUUUGUUUGUUGAUCAACCUUUAGCGCAAUUCCGGGAGAGAGU